GGUGCUCCGCGCAAACGGAAGUGCGUCAUCACGCAUGACCUUGGCUUUCUUCUUCACUUGGUUUUCUAACAGGACAGGACGAGCAUGGCAAAUAAAGAGCCUGGCGGUUUUCUGCAGCAGCUGCGGCAGAUAGCGGGCAGGAUGUCGUCGGGACCUCGGGGCGCAGGCAUCGGCGUCAAGCUGCUGAUCGGUGCUGGAGCUCUGGCUUACGGCGUGAAGGAAGCUACGUACACAGUUGAAGGAGGACAGAGAGCCAUCAUCUUCAACAGGAUCGGCGGGAUGCAGAUGGACACGGUGCUGUCUGAGGGACUCCACUUCAGGAUACCCUGGUUCCAGUAUCCCAUCAUCUACGACAUCAGAGCUACGCCCAGAAAGAUCUCCUCGCUCACAGGAAGCAAAGACCUUCAGAUGGUGAGCGUCUCUCUGCGAGUCCUGUCCCGGCCGCUGGCGUCCAACCUGCCCGCCCUCUACCAGCAUCUGGGGAAGGACUACGACGAGCGUGUCCUGCCCUCCAUCGUCAACGAGGUGCUGAAGAGCGUGGUGGCCAAGUUCAACGCCUCGCAGCUGAUCACGCAGAGAGCGCAGGUGUCUCUGCUGAUCCGCAGAGAGCUGUUUGAGCGGGCGAAGGACUUCAACAUCAUCCUGGACGACGUGGCCAUCACUGAGCUCAGCUUCAGUCGAGAGUACACAGCCGCCGUCGAGGCCAAACAAGUCGCCCAGCAGGAGGCGCAGCGAGCUCAGUUCUACGUGGAGAAAGCCAAACAGGACCAGAGACAGAAGAUCAUCCAGGCUGAAGGAGAAGCUGAAGCUGCCAAGAUGCUGGGUGAAGCCGUGACCAAGAACCCGGGUUACCUGAAGCUCAGGAGGAUUCGGGCGGCGCAGAACAUCGCCAAGACGAUGGCGCAAUCCCAGAAUAAGGUCUACCUGAACGCUGAGAGCCUGGUGCUCAACCUGCAGGACAGCGACAACUACAAUUUGUCGCUGGCGAAGAAGUAAGAAGUGAUCUCCCCCCGUCUGUCAGCAUUCCUUCAGUUCCACUUCUGCAGAAAGAAAAACGUCUCUUCUCAUCUCUCACCUCUCGGCUUCUGUCGACUCCACGUCGGGGGUUUUCCUGAAACCACCAAGUCACGUUUACUUACAGGCCUCCAAAAAAAAAACUGAUUUUUUUUUGAACUGAGGGAGUGUUGAGCUGUUGGAAUUAAAAAAUUUAAGUUUCGUUUUUGAAAAGGUUCCUCUGGUGGUGGUGGUGGUGGCGAUGAUGAUGAUGAAGGCCUGAUUCAUCAGUUUUGUUUCCGUGACGAUCUUCCUGCUGUGUGGCCAUCAUCGCGCUGAUCAUCAGUCGUGAUAUCUGACUUUAAAUAGAAGAUGUAACAGCCAGAAUAACCCAGACAGACGCAGCAGCAGCAGCAGCAGCAGCAGCAGCAGAGCUCGUCCAGUAUAAUCAGCUGCACAAGCAUCACGCAGCUCAUCUGUAUUUUUUACAUCUGAUCUAUUUUUUUUUUCCUCUACACGCAGCUACGCAGCCCGUCAACAAGUAGAAACUACAUAAAAUUGUGUAAAAAAAACAAUUAAAACUUCUUAAAAAGUGAUUAAAAUAAAACACCUCUGUGUAUCAGCGGCAAUACGACGCAGCACUGCAAA